AAGACCACUUAUCUGGGUCCUCUUUUGCGAAUGCAAAUCCUCGGUAGUGUGAGAUUGGAACAAGGAAUAGUAACCUCACUCAUUGAAGAAAAAGGGACUAUCAAAGGGGUGCAGUACAAAACUAAGACAGGCCAAGAGCUCUAAGCACAUGCUUCCCUUGCAAUAGUUCGUGAUGAUUGCUUCUCAAAUUUGCCUCGAACACUCUGCAAAUCCAAAGUAGUGUACAUCUUUCCACAGAAACGAUUCAUUUAAUUCAAUUCUCAAAGUGUUUAGCCUCCAAUGUAGAUGAAUUAAACUUGGAUCAAUGUUACUUUUGCAUGUUGCCGUCCCAUCUUGCUUUCUUGGCUUGAUUCUGGAGAACUGUGAGCUUCCAUAUUCAAAUCAUGGACACGUUAUUCUUGGAGAUCCUUCUCCUAUAUUAUUCUACCCAGUCAGUACCAAUGAAAUUCAUUGUUUUGUUGAUGUUCCUGGCCAAAAGAUACCUUCCAUUGCUAAUGGUGAAAUGUCACAAUAUUUGAAAACUGUUGUGGCUCCUCAGUCUGAACUGCGUGCAGCUUUUAUAUGUGCAGUUGACAAAGGAAGUAUAAGAACAAUGACAAAUAGAAGCAUGCCUGCCUCUCCCUCUCCUACCUCAGUUGCACUUCUAUUAGGGGAUGCAUUCAACGUGCAACAUCCUUUAACUAGAGGAGGAAUGAUUGUGACACUCUGAUAUUUUUGUGCUACGAGAUUUUCUUAGACCUCUACAAGAUAUAAAUGAUGCAAACUCCCUUUGCAAAUAUCUUGAACCGUUUCCAUUCUG